ACAAACUUUCUACUCUUACUACUAUACACAAACAAAUUCACAAUUUUUAUUCCUUUUUUUAGAAAGAUCUGAAAAUAAACGAGAAAAACAAACAAAACAAAAAAAAAAAACCUUGGAGCUUUGGCUUUUUUUGUUUUUGUCGUGUUACUCGCAAAGCACUUUUAGUUAAGAUUCGUGUAUUACUGUUGAAGUUGUGAAGAAAUGUGUUUCGUUUUGAAUUUGAUUGACUUGAUCCGUUUGAUACACUGGGGAUGUAGCUUCCUCACUCUUGAAUUUUGAGGUAGCUGCUGCGAAUGGCGGGAGAGUUUCAAGAGCCUUUCAACAUUAGUUUUCUGACAGAAUCUUUGCAUUCUGGUUCUAUAUCAUUUGGCAGAUUUGAAAAUGAGCCCUUAGCUUGGGAAAGGAGAUCCUCUUUCUCACACAAUAAAUAUCUUGAAGAGGUUGAGAAAUUCUCGAAACCAGGUUUAGUUAUAGAGAAGAAAGCUUACUUUGAAGCUCACUUCAGGAAGAAGGCACUUCUUCUCCAAGGUUCAUCCGAGGGCCAAACUGGAGGUGAAGAUCAAACCUGUGAGAAUGAUGCCGCGGAGAACGAGGGUUACAGAGAAUACCAAGUGGUUGAAAAUCAUGCUGCUGAGAACAAGCAUUAUGAAGAAGGAUCUGAUAGUUUAAGUAAAGAUAGCCAUUGCAAUCAUUUUGGUGAGAAUGGCUUGGAUGAUGCAGAUUGUAGGGAAGAUUUUUGUUGUGGAAAUGGAAAUGAAGGGAACCAGUCUGGUGAUGCAAAUGAAGGUAGCCUUUGUGCUCACUUUGAUAAUGGUCUUGAAGAUUCAAAAUAUCAUACUGAGGGUGCAUUGAUUGAAUGUGGACUGGAAUAUCCUGGAGGUUUAUCUACUUAUGAAACUCAUGUUUUGGUCCCUGGAGAUGUUAAACCUGAGGAGUCUCCUGAAAGUGAAAUUGGAUGCGAUACACCACUUAUUAGCAACGAUAAGCCAGAUAAAAAGAUAGAGGAAAACCAUGAUGACAAUGCAGUUAGUAUUGAUGAAUCAUUUAAGUCCAGGAAUCCAUCUCCCUGUAGUGGAACCACUGGAGAAGUUGAUCCUGCUAAGUUAGAGAUUCGGCAAAAUCAUUCUCCUAAGUUGAAGCCUGCUAUUGUAAAAGCUACUAAACCGAGGUUGAAGUCUCCAAGUCCUGAUCAUUCCCGGAAAAAUAUUUCUUCUGAUCCUUCAAAAGCAGCUGCAAGGGUUCUAGAAAGAAAGGAAAAAGAGAUCAAUAGGAGAACAAAAGCAGAAAAUUUACCAUCGCGAACUGCCACUCCAACUAGACGUCUAAUGCACAGAUCUCCAAACAAAGAGGAUUCUGAAAGAGAUAAUGCAAAAUUAAACACUGAGCAUAAAAGCGUAAAAGGAGCAAUGGCGAAGAAAGUAAUUGAAGCUCGACCUUCUUUAUCUAAGAAGAUUGAACCUGUUGCUCACCAGACACCAAAUAGGCUGAAGCAGACUAUCAGUUCAUCUAAGGCAGAUGUAAAGUCAAGUGCUGGAGCAUUUCAAUUCAAAAGUGGUGAACGAGCUGAAAGGAGAAAAGAGUUCUCCAUGAAAGUAGAAGAGAAAAUGCAUUCCAAAGAGGUUCAGAUGAAUCAGAUUCAAGCAAGAAAGCAAGAGAAGACAGAGGCAGAAAUUAAGCAAUUGCGGAAAAGCCUUAAUUUCAAAGCAAAACCCAUGCCUUCUUUCUAUCAUGUUGCUACAGCACCAGGGUCCAAUGGAAACAAGGCUGCAUCAUCUACCAUAAAACCAGCUAAAGUACUACCAAAAGCAGCAAGUCCAGGAGUAGGAGCUACCGUAAGAUCACCACCACUCUCCAAGCAAGCAAAUAAAGAGGUCUUUUCUACUGGUGAGUUGAAUUUUUGUAGAGUUGAGUCAUCAUCUAAGUCUGGCAUCAUAUCCUCCACUCCACCAACUGGUAGUCCCGGCUCCUCUGCAUCUCUAACACAAAACAUCGUCCUUUUGAAGAAAGAGAGAGGGAAAGAGGGCAGUAAUUUGCCAAAACAUGGAACAUCAGAGAAGGGUAAGGUCAUAAAAGAUCGUAAGAAUGGUGGGAUGCCAAAAGUAGGAGCUGAGAGAAUGAAGAAGAAUAACAUGAAAAGUGCUGGAAUUGUUGCUAAUGCCAGUGGUUCUAGUAUAGGUCGUUUGACAGUAGUGGCUUCCUGAAACAAUCAGCCAUGGUUGUUCAUUUCAUUUUAGGCAGGGCAGCCAACGCAGGUAUCUUGGAAUUAUCAAAUCAUGUGUUGCGCCUUACCAGGAAUGUGGAUGGUGUUAGGUUUUACAUAGAAUACCAGAGGGAAAUAGCGAAAUGGCAAAGCCAAUUAAUAGAUUGUUGAUAGUAGUCUACUCCUGACUCAAAACAACUCAAGUUAAACGGCGCUAAUGUAACAAAUAUAGCUAGCUGGAAUGCUAGUCAAUAAUGGUGGCUUUGUUAUUGUUGUUGAAAA